UUUGGUGUUCAGGGACAUAAAACCUUUGUGGUUCAGGGACAUAUGCACGUUCCUUUUUUAACAAAGUGUUUCCAACUUCUUGGAACUAGCAAGUGACUUGAGCAGCAUUCUCGGGAGGGACAGAGGAAGCGGGCGCCCCCCACGGAGCUCAGGCUCUGCUGGAAGACAAGGGCGGGCAGCAGCUUGGCAGCAUUGGAGGCUGGGGCCGGUAGUCGCACACCUCGGCCCUUCGGACACGUUUCCUCCGGUGCCAAGUCCUGGGGCCGACCCCUCCGUUCCUCCUCCAGCGAUUCCCGCAGAGCGCCAGGGGCCGAGCCCCUGCCCCGAGGAGCUUGCAAGAAGCCGCUGCUCGAAUCCCCGGGCGGGGAAACCUGCCUCCUCCAGAGCCGAAGGAGCAGCAGCAGCAGCGGGCGGCGUGCACACGCCUCUGGGCGACACGUGGAGUCCCGGGAUGGGCCGGUAGCGCGGCCGCCUCUGCCUCCUUCCUGCGGAGGGCGUCGCGGCGGCCCCUCCGGGCCCAGCCAGGCCGCGGGCGGAGCUGCCCGGCCCAGCUCCCUCCCUUCUCCCCCGCCGGGGGUCUCCACGCAAGGGCGGCGGCUGCUGCUGCGGCUCCCGCUCCCCGCUGCCGCCCUACGCCGGGCCCUCUCGCCGCCGCCGCCUCCGCUCCUGCUGCUGCUGCCUGGCGGGGCCUGGAGCGAUGCUUCGCCGGUGAUGUCCGCGGAACACGAGAAGGACCCCGCCGCGGCGCUCAAGAGGCCCCGAGGUGGUGACGGUGGAUUGGAUGGGUUAGGAGGCCCAGGUGUGCAGCUUGGCAGUCCAGAUAAGAAAAAGCGCAAGUCGAAUGUUCAGGGGUCAUCCUUUCCUCCACCAUCUGAAUAUGCGCCUCCACCAAAUCCCAGCUCUGAUCACCUUGUAGCUGCAAAUCCGUUUGAUGACAACUACAACAAUCUUUCUUACAAGCCGUUGCCAUUGGGGAACCCAUAUUUUGCCAAUCCCAGCUACCCCGGCUUUGGAGGCUACAACACGUUCAGGAUGCCACCGCAGAUGCUUCCCAGGAUGUCCUCACCAUACGGUGCUACUUACCCACUUAGAAACCAGCCACACCCAUUUCCCCAGAACCCAGUGGGAAUGGUCUACAACCGGCCUCAACCGAUUAACUUUGGGCCACAUGAAAAUGUGUCUUUUGGAAACCAGCCAUCCUAUAACAGUAACAUGAAUCAGAAUGUUGGCAUGUCCGGCCAACACUUCAGGCCGAACCCUGGUGAGAAUUUUGGUCACAUUCCUUCACAGAACACGACACAGAUGUCACCCCAUGACAUGCCAUUGCACUUUGGACCUGGCGGCAACCCCAAUUUCAACAAUUCCCAGAUGGAGUCAAACCAUUCUUUCUUUCCCUCGCCAAACAAUUACAACCAGGCAAAGCCUUUGCAAAAGCAAGGUGCAAAUAAGCACAACCACCCCCCGCCACAACAUCAUCUGCACGGCCCAGAGGACACUGCGAACUCAGGAAACACAGAUAUAAAGACUGUGAAUCGAAAUAACCCCGCAAACCAGGAGAGCAUCCCUUCUAAAAAUGUUGAAAAUCUGAACAGCAAUCAUGCGAAUGGGGCUCAGAACAAGCCCCGGCUCCCCAGCCGAGGUCCAGCUGAAGGAGGCAGCUCUGAGAAGGGCAGCAAAAUGCCCCUACACCCUGGUCAGCAUGGUCACGCCGCCUCUGAGCCAGUCUAUCCUUGUGGGAUUUGUACCCACGAAGUGAACGAUGACCAGGAUGCCAUCUUGUGUGAAGCUUCUUGUCAAAAAUGGUUUCAUCGGAUCUGCACAGGCAUGACGGAAUCUGCCUACGGACUGCUCACUGCAGAAGCAUCGGCAGUGUGGGGCUGUGACACCUGCAUGGCGGACAAGGAUGUUCAGCUGAUGCGCACCAGAGAAACAGCUGGGCCACUAGUGUUGAAUGCUGAUGCGUGAUGCCCACCCUGGUGUUUCCUUUUUCAGUCAUGGGUGGGCUUUGUUUGCUUUCUUUUGAGCAGUUGGUCUUCACUUUCUGCCCAAGUGCAUUAAGAUUUUACCAGGAGAACUUCUAGCAAAUGCUCAACUGACGAUUAAGUGCCAAUAUGGCUUUACUCACAUGGAGAGUUUGGGGGUAUGUAAACAUCUGCCUUUGUGGGUCACUUUGCCCAGGGCUAUUCCACUUGGCAGUGUUGGAGGAAGCAUAUACUGAUUUAUCUUUUGAGUACAUGGGAGUUCAUUCUGUCCUCUGUUUGGGAGCCUUUCUUAAGUUCUGAAGGUUGAGGGCAUGACACAGGGAGAAGGAUCAAGCAAUAUUUAUUUUAAAAUGACCACCAGGAAUGUCAAACUAUUUGUAUAAGUAGCUGAAAACCUCAAGUCAUAUUAACCCCCUUUUCACAUUUUGAUUUAGCUUGCUCUUUCAGAACAUAUUGGUGAGCUUUGAAGAUAAGGAACAGGUCCAUUUUUAGUGAAUUCUGAAGAGUUACUCAGUGGGCAUCUCUUUAAUGGUCUUUAGCAGCCUGUUUCCAAACACAUUUACUCAGCAAGAACUCUUGUAGUUUUCAUUGGCCAAGUGAGCAUCAAUAAGACUAAGUGCAUAAAAGCUCAGCAGGCCUGAAUGUUUUUUUUUCUUCCCUUUUUUCAAAAAAGGGAUUGAGGUUUGUAUGUCUGUGAUAUUAAUACACACUCACCCUUUCCAAGACCCAUCAUGUCCUCCGCAAUGGCAUUGCAACACCAUGAAGUGUGAUGCUGCCAUCCCAGUGUCGGCUGUCUUGGCACUCCAUUGUGGUGCUAGAUUAGAGUUCUGGGCUCUUUAGACCUUUUUGUGUGAUGAAUGUAAUCCAGAUAAAUUUGCUAGUAUGGUAAAUUGUUCAAGUCCCACUGUCUUCAGAGGGACUUGACUUAUUAAGCAUGCUAAUUUUUCUUUGGCUUGGGAAUGUGCAUUUGGUUCCACAUGGACUUACUCUGGUGCCUGCUGUACAGAAUUUACUGUUGCACAUAGGCAGCCUCUGUGUCUCCCUUUCUUCCUGCCCUCAAUCACAGCUAGCUUGCACAUUUGGCUUUG